AUGUCCAUUGAACAAACUUUACCACAAUAUUUAUCAUCUCAUGCCAAACCAGAAGGUAUUAAAUUCACCUAUGGUACUGCUGGGUUCCGUAUGAAAGCUGACAAGCUUGAUUAUGUCAAUUACACUGUUGGGAUCAUUGCUUCUUUAAGAUCUAAGUAUUUACAAGGCAAAACUGUUGGUGUAAUGGUCACUGCAUCUCAUAAUCCUCCAGAAGAUAAUGGUGUCAAAGUUGUUGACCCAUUAGGAAGUAUGUUGGAAAGUUCUUGGGAACAAUACGCUACUGAAUUGGCCAAUUCUAGUCAUGAAGAAUUAUUACCAAAUAUUCAAAAAUUAGCAACUGAUUUGAAAAUUGAUUUAAGUCAACCAAGUAAUGUUGUAAUUGCCCAAGAUUCAAGAGAAUCGAGUCCGGCAUUAUCCAAUGCUACCAUUGAUGGAUUUAAAAGUGUUCCAAAUACUACAUUCCAAGAUUUUGGAUUAUUCACUACUCCAGAAUUGCAUUAUGUUACAAGAACUUUGAACGAUCCUGCAUUUGGUGAAGCUAAAGAACAUGGUUAUUAUUCAAAAUUGGCUAAAUCUUUCAAAGAGAUUUUUGCAUUGUCUGAUUCUAAAAAUAAGAUCGAUAUCACAAUUGAUUCUGCAAAUGGUGUUGGUGCACCAAAGAUCCAAGAAUUAUUAGAUAACUAUUUGUCUGAUGAAAUCACCUUUAAAGUUGUCAACGGUGAAUAUAAGCAACCAAACCUUUUGAAUUAUGAUUGUGGUGCCGAUUAUGUUAAAACAAAUCAAAAAUUACCUAAAAAUGUCCAACCAGUCAACAACAAAUUAUAUGCUUCUUUUGAUGGGGAUGCAGAUAGAUUGAUCUGUUAUUAUCAAGAUGAUGAUAGCAAAUUUAAAUUAUUGGAUGGUGAUAAAUUAUCUACUUUAAUUGCAUUGUUUUUGCAACAAUUAUUUGAAGACAUUGAUGCUAGUAAUUUGAAAUUGAACAUUGGUGUUGUUCAAACUGCUUAUGCCAAUGGCUCUUCUACUAAAUACGUUGAGGAUGUCUUGAAAAUCCCAGUCCGUUGUACUCCAACUGGGGUUAAACACUUGCACCAUGAAGCUGAAAAUUUCGAUAUUGGUGUUUAUUUUGAAGCCAAUGGUCAUGGUACUGUUAUUUUUAACCCAGAAGCAGAAAAGAAAAUUUUUGCUUACCAUCCAAGCAAUGAAAAGGAUUCCAAGGCUAUCAAAGUUUUACAAAGUUUUAGUCAAUUGAUUAACCAAACUGUUGGUGAUGCCAUUUCUGAUUUGUUGGCUGUUUUGAUCAUUGUUCAUUACUUACAAUUAUCUCCAAGUGAUUGGGAUAACAAAUAUACUGAUUUACCAAAUAAAUUAGUCAAAGUUAUUGUCCCUGAUAGAUCUAUAUUCAAAACUACAAAUGCUGAAAGAACUUUAGUUGAACCAAAGGGUAUGCAAGAUAAAAUUGAUGAAUUAGUUGCUAAAUAUCCUAACGGUAGAUCCUUUGUUAGGGCUUCAGGUACUGAAGAUGCUGUCAGAGUUUAUGCUGAAGCUGAUACCAAGGAAAAUGUCGAAGCUUUAUCUGCUUCUGUAUCCGAAUUAGUUAAAUAG